AUGGACUCCAGAGAAUAUUUAAAGUCUUAUGGCUGGGUAGAAGGAGAAGCUCUUAGAAGAGGAGGGCUCAAGAAGCCCAUCUUGGUGAAGCAUAAGAGAGACACCAAAGGUCUGGGCCACGGCAGCGACCAGGUAGAGGCCUGGUGGGAAAGACUAUACGAUGGACAGUUGAAAGGCAUGGAUGUGCGAUCUGGGUCUUCAACAGAUUCUUCUGGAAGUGGUUCCUUGAGUUUCCACCAGACCGAGGUCAAGGCUAGCGCGGUUUCCCAAAGUACGUCUCCGCUGUACAGGAUGUUUGUCAGGGGGGAGGGUCUAGAAGGUACACGCAAGAUACCACAGAAAGAGAGUGCCAAGGUUGUUAGUGUGAAAAAGUCUCACAAGCGGAAGAGAGAGGAAGAUGUUGACCUGGUGGAAAAGAGGAAGGAAAAGAAGGAGAAGACAGAGAUGAGGCCAAAGAAGGAAAAGAAGGAGGAGAAACACAGCAAAAUAGAGGGGAAAGAAAAGAAGGAAAAGAUAGAGAGGAAAGAAAAGAAAGAGAAGAAGGAGAAGAAGGACAAAAAAGACAAGAAGGACAAAAAAGACAAGAAGGACAAGAAGGACAAGAAGGACAAGAAGGAAAAGAAGGAAAAGAGGAAAGAUAAGAACGUAUAG